AAAUAAAUGUUGCGUUUCAGGAACUCCAUCUCCGUCUCUUUUCCUCCGCAUCAGAAAAAAAAUCUCCGACGAAGGAGAAGAGAAACACGAAAAUGGCGGAGAUUGGGGGAAUCAGAUGUGGCUGUCGCGGAGUUCCCGGCGGCAACUUCUUCCACCCCGGAGGAUUCUCUCUGAAAUCUUGCUUCCUCGAGCAGCAGAGAACGAGGCGGAAUCGAAACUUCUUCCGAAACGUAUCUAUCGUUCCUUCUUUCAAACGCGGUCGUUUAAUCACGAAAUGGAGCUCCGUCGCUGCGAAUAGCCCAAUCUUUAGUAUGGAUGCUCGGGAGAAAUCAAGAUCAUUUGUGUUGGUAUCAUCAAGGCACAAGAAAGUCCCUGUUUACGUGAUGAUGCCUAUUGACACGUUUGGAAUCGAUUCUUCUGGUUGCCCUAUCAUUAAAAGGCUCAAGGCUUUGACUGUUUCUCUAAAGGCACUCAAGUUAGCUGGUGUUCAUGGAGUCGCGGUUGAGGUUUGGUGGGGGAUUGUGGAGCGUUUCUGUCCUCUUGAGUUUAAAUGGUCGCUCUACGAUGAGCUCUUCAGGUUGAUUUCUGAGGCAGGGUUGAAGUUGCACGUUGCUCUUUGUUUUCAUUCAAACAUGCACUUGUUUCGUGGAAAAGGAGGCGUCAGUCUUCCACUCUGGAUCCGAGAGAUUGGAGACGUCAAUAAGGAUAUAUACUAUCGAGACAAGAACGGAUUCUCCAAUAAUGACUAUUUGACACUUGGAGUCGAUCAACUCCCUUUGUUUGGUGGUCGCACUGCUGUCCAAUGCUAUGAAGAUUUUAUGCUCAGCUUUUCUAAAAACUUUGAACCAUAUUUUGGAAACUUGAUUGAAGAAAUAAGCAUCGGUCUUGGUCCUUCGGGGGAGCUUAGAUAUCCGGCACAUCCUUUGGGAGAUGGGAGAUGGACAUUCCCUGGUAUCGGUGAAUUCCAAUGCCAUGACAAAUACAUGAUGGAAGACUUAAUGGCUGUGGCUUCUCAAGAAGGCAAACCUCAAUGGGGAAGCAGAGACCUUCCAAAUGCAGGCUGCUAUAAUAGCUUUCCAUCUGGGGUUCCUUUCUUUGAGGAGGGCCAUGACAGUUUUCUCUCUGACUAUGGUCGUUUCUUUCUAGAAUGGUACAGUGGGAAGUUGAUUUGUCAUGCCGAUGCUAUUCUUGCAAAGGCUGCCGAUGUUUUGCGGAGACGUCAGGAAGAGGAGAAAAGCUCUGUAAUGUUGGUUGCAAAAAUUGGUGGAAUCUAUUGGUGGUAUAAGACAUCUUCACACCCUGCUGAACUAACUGCAGGUUAUUACAAUACCGCAUUCAGGGAUGGCUAUGAUCCUCUCGCUUCUGUCUUGUCCCGCCAUGGUGCCGCACUGCAUAUCCCGUGCUUGGAUAUGGCGGACAGUGAAACGCCUGAGAAGUAUCUUUGCAGCCCUGAAGGAUUGCUUAGACAGGUACUUUCAUUUCCUAAUGUUUCAUCUAGAAUUCAACUCUGCUCAUAUGAAGAGUUUCUUGUAUUUAGACCGGUAGGUGUCAGCACACUGCUUACUGUCAUUGACACUCAUGAAAAUGAUACACGAUGUUUCAAAGAAGAGGACAAUACAAGUGACUGGUAGAAACACAAGCGAAAGAUAUGAUGUGAUGGGACUAAGGCAAAUACGAGAGAACUGUAUGCAGCCGCCGAAUGGGGAAACUGUAAGAUCGUUUACAUUUUUCAGAAUGAAUGAGAAGAUCUUUAGGGUGGAGAACUGGAACAACUUUGUCCCUUUCGUUAGGCAGAUGAGUGCAGAUGUGUAAAACAGCAGUAGCCAUUGGCUUGUGUAUUUUUCUUUUGUUACAGAAUUGAUCUUUCCUCACCAUAUUGCUUUUUCAGAUAUGUGAUGAGGAUAAAUAAAUCAAAUCAAAAUUGUUAUAUUA